GCCGGGGCUGUGGCGCGGCGCAUGCGCGCGGGCCGCGGUGUGCUGCGCAGUCGCGCCGGUGAGCCGCCUGAUCCGCGCCCUCCCCCCCCGCGCUGCUGGGGUCCGGCCGCGCCGCUCUCCCGCCCCGCGCCCCCCGGCAGCCCCGCCAUGGCCGACCCGCGCUUGAGGCAGAUCAAGAUCAAGACCGGCGUCGUGAGGCGACUGGCAAAAGAAAAAGUUAUGUACGAAAAAGAAGCAAAACAGCAAGAAGAAAAGAUUGAAAAAAUGAAAGCUGAAGCAUGUGAUGAUUAUGGAAUUAAGAAGCAGAUCGAGAUCUUGCAAGAAUCACGAAUGAUGAUUCCAGACUGCCAACGCAGAUUAGAAGUCGCACACGCAGAUCUUACUCAACUACUAGAAAAUGAAAAAGAAUUGGAAGAAGCUGAAGAGUAUAAAGAAGCACGUUCCAUACUAGAGUCGGUGAAGCUGGAAGCCUAGAAGUUUUUCAGUACUCCCUUUAUAUGCAUUAGCACUGGGUCCAUUCCACACUUCUGUUUGACCACAGCUCUUAGUAUUGUUGACUUGCUAAGGUUCCCUUUAUGCAAAUAAGUAGCCUUUCUCUAACUCCAAAAUGCAUCAAAUAAAGGAUGUUUUGAAACAUCUGUGUGUUCCAUGUUCAGGCAAAAUAGAAAUAUUGCCAGUUCACCUCAAUUAUAGAAAGAACAACAAAAAAGCUUAUUUAAUGUAAGCCUAAUAGUGUAAUAGUUAAUAUACAAAACUUACUCUGAACAAUUCAGGCUAAGAAACAAAGUACAGUUCAAGAGUCUAGCUAUGUAAGAAAUGUGACAAGUCGAUAAAUGCUUUAGAAGCACCUUAUAUUGGAAAUAUUCUCAAGCUAUUACAGCAAUCUGUACUGAAACAGUGGAUGGGCUAGAUGACCCUAAAUUACUCAUCUUUUUCUAUGAUACUAUUUAUCUGUAAUUAUACAAAGUAUUACUCCUUGUUUCUUUUUCAACAUAAGGCAGAAUUAAAAGCCAAUUCCAAACCUUU